AUGCUCCGAUUUUCGGUCGUUGCAGCAGAGCUGAUACAGGUUUUUAUGCCAGAAAAACACUUUGAUAUUGCCCACCUUGGUGUGAUUGAGCGUGUCACCAAGCCGCUCAUUGUCCCGGCUCAAGUAUGGUUCAUUAUCAUCAUCCAGGAGUCGAGAUAUGGAAGGCUUUUUGCCCGAUGA